AUGGAUCAUUCCCAGUGGCUCGUGACUAUUUACGCCUUGGUCGUUCUCCUGGGGCUCCGUCUGGAGAGAGGCGCUUGCCAGCACUACCUGCACAUCCGCCCUGCGCCCAGCGACAACUUGCCCCUGGUGGAUCUAAUCGAGCACCCGGACCCUAUCUUCGACCCCAAGGAGAAGGACCUCAACGACACGCUCCUGCGCAACCUCCUGGGCACCCACUUCGACGCCAACUUCAUGGCGGUCUCCCUGGCCGACGAUCGCCUGGGAGGGGACGACCUGGCCGAGCUGGACCUGCUGCUGAGGCAGAGGCCGUCGGGGGCCAUGCCCAGCGAGAUCAAGAGCCUGGAGUUUUACGACGGGGGCCUGCAGGCCAGCAAGAAGCACCGGCUGAGCAAGAAGCUUCGCCGGAAGCUGCAGCUGUGGCUGUGGUCGCAGACCUUCUGCCCGGUCCUCUACACGUGGAACGACCUGGGCAGCCGCUUCUGGCCCCGCUACGUCAAAGUGGGCAGCUGCUUCAGCAAAAGGUCGUGCUCCGUCCCCGAAGGGAUGGUCUGCAAGCCGGCCAAGUCGGUGCAUCUGACCAUCUUGAGGUGGAGGUGCCAGCGCCGGGGCGGGCAGCGCUGCACGUGGAUCCCCAUCCAAUACCCCAUCAUCGCCGAGUGCAAAUGUUCCUGCUAG